AUGGAAACAGAUGCUAAUGACUCGGAGACCCCCGACUGUGAAACAAGAUGGUCUCGGCGACUGUCGGGGCUCCCGCUCAAACUCCUGCAGCGACUGAUGCCGUUCCAGCGCCACGGCGUGGAGUUCGCCCUCGCCAGAGACGGACGACAGAAGUAUCCCCCACAGAAGUAUGUCCCACAGAAGUAUGUCCCACAGAAGUAUGUCCCACAGAAGUAUGUCCCACUGAAGUAUCUCCCACAGAAGUAUCCCCCACAGAAGUAUCUCCCACAGAAGUAUCUCCCACAGAAGUAUCUCCCACAGAAGUAUCUCCCACAGAAGUAUCCCCCACAGAAGUAUCUCCCACAGAAGUAUCCCCCACAGAAGUAUCUCCCACAGAAGUAUCUCCCACAGAAGUAUCUCCCACAGAAGUAUCUCCCACAGAAGUAUCUCCCACAGAAGUAUCUCCCACAGAAGUAUCUCCCACAGAAGUAUCUCCCACAGAAGUAUCUCCCACAGAAGUAUCUCCCACAGAAGUAUCUCCCACAGAAGUAUGUCCCACAGAAGUAUGUCCCACAGAAGUAUGUCCCACUGAAGUAUCUCCCACAGAAGUAUCCCCCACAGAAGUAUCUCCCACAGAAGUAUCUCCCACAGAAGUAUCUCCCACAGAAGUAUCUCCCACAGAAGUAUCUCCCACAGAAGUAUCUCCCACAGAAGUAUCUCCCACAGAAGUAUCUCCCACAGAAGUAUCUCCCACAGAAGUAUCUCCCACAGAAGUAUCUCCCACAGAAGUAUGUCCCACAGAAGUAUGUCCCACUGAAGUAUCUCCCACAGAAGUAUCCCCCACAGAAGUAUCUCCCACAGAAGUAUCUCCCACAGAAGUAUCCCCCACAGAAGUAUCUCCCACAGAAGUAUCUCCCACUGAAGUAUCUCCCACAGAAGUAUCUCCCACAGAAGUAUGUCCCACAGAAGUAUCCCCCACAGAAGUAUGUCCCACAGAAGUAUGUCCCACAGAAGUAUGUCCCACAGAAGUAUGUCCCACAGAAGUAUCUCCCACAGAAGUAUCUCCCACAGAAGUAUCUCCCACAGAAGUAUCUCCCACAGAAGUAUCUCCCACAGAAGUAUCUCCCACAGAAGUAUCCCCCACAGAAGUAUCUCCCACAGAAGUAUCUCCCACAGAAGUAUCUCCCACAGAAGUAUCUCCCACAGAAGUAUCUCCCACAGAAGUAUCUCCCACUGAAGUAUCUCCCACAGAAGUAUCUCCCACAGAAGUAUGUCCCACAGAAGUAUGUCCCACAGAAGUAUGUCCCACAGAAGUAUGUCCCACAGAAGUAUGUCCCACAGAAGUAUCCCCCACAGAAGUAUGUCCCACAGAAGUAUGUCCCACAGAAGUAUGUCCCACAGAAGUAUGUCCCACAGAAGUAUCUCCCACAGAAGUAUCUCCCACAGAAGUAUCUCCCACAGAAGUAUGUCCCACAGAAGUAUCUCCCACAGAAGUAUCUCCCACAGAAGUAUCUCCCACAGAAGUAUCUCCCACAGAAGUAUCUCCCACAGAAGUAUGUCCCACAGAAGUAUGUCCCACUGAAGUAUCUCCCACAGAAGUAUCCCCCACAGAAGUAUCUCCCACAGAAGUAUCUCCCACAGAAGUAUCCCCCACAGAAGUAUCUCCCACAGAAGUAUCUCCCACUGAAGUAUCUCCCACAGAAGUAUCUCCCACAGAAGUAUCUCCCACAGAAGUAUCCCCCACAGAAGUAUGUCCCACAGAAGUAUGUCCCACAGAAGUAUGUCCCACAGAAGUAUGUCCCACAGAAGUAUCUCCCACAGAAGUAUCUCCCACAGAAGUAUCCCCCACAGAAGUAUCUCCCACAGAAGUAUCUCCCACAGAAGUAUGUCCCACAGAAGUAUCUCCCACAGAAGUAUCCCCCACAGAAGUAUGUCCCACAGAAGUAUGCUCUCACAGAAGUAUCUCCCACAGAAGUAUGUCCCACAGAAGUAUGUCCCACAGAAGUAUGUCCCACAGAAGUAUGUCCCACAGAAGUAUGUCCCACAGAAGUAUGUCCCACAGAAGUAUGUCCCACAGAAGUAUGUCCCACAGAAGUAUGUCCCACAGAAAAGUAUCUCCUACAGAAGUAUGUCCCACAGAAGUAUCUCCUACAGAAGUAUGUCCCACAGAAGUAUGUCUCACAGAAGUAUGUCUCACAGAAGUAUGUCCCACAGAAGUAUGUCCCACAGAAGUAUGUCCCACAGAAGUAUCUCCUACAGAAGUAUGUCCCACAGAAGUAUGUCCCACAGAAGUAUGUCCCACAGAAGUAUGUCCCACAGAAGUAUCUCCCACAGAAGUAUCUCCCACAGAAGUAUGUCCCACAGAAGUAUGUCCCACAGAAGUAUCUCCCACAGAAGUAUGUCCCACAGAAGUAUGUCCCACAGAAGUAUCUCCCACAGAAGUAUGUCCCACAGAAGUAUCUCCCACAGAAGUAUCUCCCACAGAAGUAUGUCCCACAGAAGUAUGUCCCACAGAACCACACGGUCCUCGCCUUCAGCUCCUUCUUUCUCCUGCAGCAUCGAGCCAGACAGUCGCAGCAGCUGAGGAAGAGGAGGAAGAAGAGUCAGACAGUCGCAGCAGCUGAAGAAGAGGAGGAAGAAGAGUCAGACAGUCGCAGCAGCUGA